AUGGAAUCAGAAGAAUUGACGCUACAAAAAAAUAGAUAUGAAAACAAUAUAAAUGCUAUCGCAAAAAAUGUAGAAAAAUUGAACUAUUUUGAAGAAAGUAGUGGGAUAAUGAUUGUUAGUGGGUGCAAAAAUAAUGUUGGGACUGUACUAUUUGCUAAUAAUCAUGCUGCUAAAAUUUUAAGAGAUACAACUUUUAAUAUUAUUGGCUCUGACAUAACAGACUAUAUUCCUUCUCCGUAUAAUAUUAACCAUAAAAAACUGUUAAAAGAUUUUUUACAUUCUUCAACAACAGGGGAAAUAGACCAUUCAAAUGAUGCAAUUUUUGUAAUGAAGUCUGGGUUUCUAGUAGAAGUCGCUUUUUCAAUAAAAUGCACUUCCUUUGACAAAUAUCCAUUUUUUCUUGUUUUAUUUAGAGAGAGUUAUGAUAAUCGUCCAAUAUGUCUCCUUAAUGAAAAUGGAAGAAUUAUUGGGUUUUCUCAGUAUUUCCCACUUAUGCUUUGUUUAUCAGAAGAUCUCUUGAUAAAUAAAUCAAUUUUUGACUUUAAAAUACAAAUAGGGAGAAGCAGUGUUUUCAAAAAAGUAAGCACAAAGAAUUUGCCAUGCCCUGAAAUAAAAUUUUUUUCUGAUAAUGAUUUUGUAAAAUUAUCCACCUCUGGUGGCUAUAUUUUAUGCCAAUUUAUUUUAAAACCAUUAUUUAGUAAAUCUUUAUAUAUUUUGGCAAUUACUCACGAUGAUAUAAGCAAAAAUGCAGUAUUAACAAAUUUACGGUCACAUUUAGAAGACUUGAAUCCAAUAGAUGAUAAUUUGCAAGAGGAAGUAGCUCACUCUCCCAUUCCAGACAUCGAGCUUACUACAACAAAUGUGGGCAAUGUGAGCAAUAACGAAAUUAAGCAAAAAAUAGUAAAAAAAGAAGUUCCUAUCAAAAAAUUAAAAUUGCUUACAAAAUCAAACCAAGUCCAUUACCCAGGAGAAGAUAAUGAGCAAGACAUUAAAAAUACUUCUAUUGACAUGACAAACUCCCAAGAUCUAUCUAAAUUUAUUAAAGACCAUUUAUGAUGGGAAAUUUAUCUAUCAAAAAUACGCCGGCAGUUCAGAAUUUUUAAAUGAAUUUUAUUUUUUUCCAUAAUCACUAUCAUCACAACUAACGGGAUUAUCCUUGGCUUCACUUUAUCAGAAACGAACAAAGCUAACAAUAUAAAUUCUUUAAAAGAAACAGGGCUGAUUUUAGACACAAUGAUAGGCAUCUCCAACAAUGCAAUGAAAAUGGAUAUUUAUGCCUUCUCAAAAGCAUCAAGCAACUCCAUUAGUAAAGGAGCAGCUAAAAUGAGCAUUUUUAUAGAUUCUUUACAAAAUAUGACCCAAGAAAUGCUAGGGGAGCUUUCAACUUGGAAUUAUUGCCCUAGCUUUUCAUUUUAUGUGAAAAAUGAAAUACCUAUGUGAGAGACGAUAGGGGCAUAUAAAAUGACUAAAAAAAAUUUAAUUGAUAUAAUGCAGGGAUACGAGAAUAUUGCUGGAAAUUUUGUAAAGGCAUUUUUAAAUAACGAGUCUUAUGUUGAUGAUUUAAAUUUUUUGAUGCUAAACAGCAUUGGGGUAUUAGCAAAACAGUAUGAUCAUUUGAUGGAUAUUUUGGCAUCGUGCGAGAAAUAUCGAGCAGGAGAGCUAACUGAUUUAAUAUUAUUGCUGAUUAUAAUAGCAAAUAUAAUGCUUUGUAUUUGCUUUUGUAUAAUUUUUUAUAUUUUAUGUACAGUUUGCAGAACAUUACAGAAAUUUUAUGACGUAAUUUCACAAAAAAUUAGGGAAUCAUAUGGAGGGCUUCAAAAUAAAUUAAUAACGCGGCUGACUGAAAUUCAUGGCUAUGAUUAUAUAACAAGUAGCAAUUUAGCUCGAUCAAUGCCUAUAAAAAGAUGAUUUACAAAUGAUUAUGCAAGAAUAUUUUUGAAAAUUUUCGUUUAUUUUCUACUAACUUUUGCCUUUUAUUUCAUUUUUUAUUUUUAUGCUUAUAAGCGUGGAGAAGAUUAUUUGAUGAAUCGUCCUAGCUUUAUAGCUUUAAUGAUGAAAAGACAAUUGUAUGGAAGGAUUAUUGCAUUUUGAACUAGAGUUUAUGCAUUUGAAGAUACACCCAUAAGUCUUUCAUCAAGGCUAACUCCCCCCUUUAAAUAGGAACAAAAAAUCUGUGAAAUUUGCAUUUGUACUUUAACCCCCUUUAAUGUGGAACAAAUUUUUUUCAAAGGAAAAUUUUAAUGUUGAAAGUAUAAAAAUUUUUUGACCUAAUUUAAUAGGUAGAAUGCAAGUAUAAUGCUAUUUAAACAGUUUUCACACUUUAUCGAUUAAUAAUUUUUUAUUUAAUUCUUUAUAAAAUAAAUUAAAAUUCAAAGUAUUGUGAUCAAUUUAUAUUUCUCAAAGAUUAUCAAAAAAAGAUGAAAAUACUAAUUUUUAUAAAAUUAAUUUUGGCUUGUUUUAUUGGAAAAACUGCAAGUAGAAUGCUAUUAAAACAAUUCUCACACUGAACCGAUGCUUUUUUAAUUAUUUUUUCAUGAAAAUAAAAUAAAUUAAAUUAUGUAAUAAGAUUUUAAAAAUUUUUAGAAAAAUUUUAUUAACCCACCUUUAAUUGGAACAGGACUAUUUGUUCAAAUUUAAAGGGGAGUUAAGUAAGCAAAAAUUAUAUUUUUUCGGCACCAUAUGAUGAAUAUUUUUCAUUGCUAAAUUCUUAUAAAGACUUAAAACUCCCACUAAGGAGUAGAUUAGAUUAGAUUAGUAGCCUUGCUUAAAGACGGCCGAGGAUUUUCACCUUUACAAGUUCUUCAUUACAAUAAAGAGCCCCGACUGACACCGUCUCCUUGCUUAGGCAUCGUCAACCUGACUUUCUCCCGGGGCGUCCGUACGCUAUCAGCUGGGAGCCUGGGACGUAACUCCCAAUUUCACGCUAGGCACCUGCUGUCUUCAGGGUCCCUAAUUCGAGUAGGGAUCAUACCUAAUCUUGGGGACAAUGGCAGAUUGUGCCUUUUCCAACUCCAUGCCAGGAGGAAAAACCCCAUAUCCCAGGUAUCAUACCCUGUGGGACGAGGAAAACCUCUGCCGGAAUACAUUAAGGAUGCAAUACCUGUAUCUCGACUUGCUUCCUCCAUCUGGAUUUUCCCUGCAGGCUUUGAGGAAAUUGCGUCAAGAGGGGUGGUCGCCUCCGCCAUAUUGAUGUAUCCUACUAAAGGAGUAAAGAAAUGCAAAAGUUUAUGUCAAAGGAAUUACAAAUAAUGGCAUUUGAGAAGCUUGAGGACAGCCCAGACUAUGCAAAUUAUGGAGCUUCAUCAUGUCUAGAUGAACAACUUUUUGAAAGCAUUUCUUUAUUUGAUGCAAGCCGCAAUCUAACCAAAUUUUCAGCUAUAUUAGCAAAUAUUGACGCAAUAAGAGACACUUUAAACAAAGUAAAUUAUAAUAUCAUCGAUAUCGCAACUAGCCACUCAACAAAUCUCAUAAAAGAAAACUUUCAGUUAUUAACAUUUCUCACAGCAAUUUAUGCUGUAUUCUCAAUCCUUAUAUAUUUUAACUGCCAGUGGUGGCCCUUUUGGGGGAUGGUGAUCUUUUGGGGUCGAUGCCCCGGGGAGUUGUGGGAGUGGUGAAAGCUCAGAUGAUUGGGGAGUUGUGGGUCACCCCACAGAAUUUGAAAAGACCUGAAAACGUAGGUGUGUCGUUCUUUUUGCUCCUGCUUUUUUUUUGGGUGUUGGCGUUUGGUGUUGGUGUUGGUGCUAGCGUUUGCUUUUGGUGCUGCUUUUGGUGUUGGUGGUGUUAGCGUUUGCUUUGGUGCUGCUUUAACUAUUGCUAGUAGGGUAGGGUAAGUAAUUUUUUUCUUCUUAUAUAUUUUUGCUUUUACAUUCCAAGUAUUUCAAAAGAAUUCAGCCGGCUGGCAACUUUACAAAGAUUUUGCAAAUUGAUAUAA